CCGCAGGCGGCUAGCCCCACUGUCCGACAUCGCCACCGCCAUUUCCGUCCGGGUCUCACGCAGCCACUGUCACUAUCACCGCCGUGCGGCCGCUACUGCCUAGACCCACCCAAGCCCGGCCCAGCUCCAGAUUGAGGAAGCAAGGAGCUGGACUCGGCCGUCUGAGUCUCGGGACAGCGGCCUGCCUGGCCGGGGCGAGCCUGAAUCCGCGGGCUCGCAGGGAUCUGCAGCGAUGGACGAGGACCUGGUUCUGGCCCUGCGGCUUCAGGAGGAGUGGAACCUACAGGUCUCGGAACGCGACCGGGCCCAGAAACCCGUGUCGCUGGUGGACGCGUCCUGGGAGUUGGUGGACCCCACGCCGGACUUGCAGGCCCUAUUUGUGCAGUUCAACGACCGGUUCUUCUGGGGACAGCUGGAGGCCGUGGAGGUGAAGUGGAGCAUGCGGAUGACCCUGUGUGCUGGGAUAUGCAGCUAUGAAGGAAGGGGUGGAAUGUGUUCCAUCCGCCUCAGUGAACCUCUGUUAAAGUUGAGACCAAGAAAGGAUCUUGUGGAGACACUCUUGCAUGAAAUGAUACAUGCCUACUUAUUUGUUACCAAUAAUGAUAAAGACCGGGAAGGGCACGGUCCAGAGUUUUGUAAACAUAUGCAUCGAAUCAAUCGCCUGACUGGAGCCAAUAUAACGGUGUACCAUACUUUCCACGAUGAGGUGGAUGAGUACCGGCGACACUGGUGGCGCUGCAAUGGCCCGUGUCAGGACAGGAAACCCUACUAUGGCUACGUCAAACGUGCUACCAACAGGGCACCCUCUGCACAUGACUGUUGGUGGGCUGAGCACCAGAAGACCUGUGGGGGCACUUACAUAAAAAUCAAGGAACCAGAGAACUACUCAAGAAAAGGCAAAGGAAAGACAGAACUAGGAAAGCAGCCAGUCUUGGCAGCAGAGAAUAAGGAUAAACCCAACAGAGGUGACACACAGCUAUUAAUCCCUUUCAGUGGGAAAGGAUAUGUUCUAAGAGAAACAAGCAAUUCAUCCUCAUCUGGGAAAUUUAUCAUUUCACAUGCUAUCAGCAAAACCCAGGAUCUUCUAAGUCAAGACCAUUCAGCAAAUGCUCUAAGACCUAAUUCUAAAGUUGAGGUGAAAUUGAAACAGAAUGGUUCAAGUAAAAGAACUUCUCUAGUCUCCCCUGUUCUUAAUACUAGUCACCGAAAUGUUUUAAGCAACUACUUCCCCAGCGUAUCAGUUGCCAACCAGGCUUUCAGAAGUGUGAAUGGGUCUCCAGAGAGAAGUGUAACAGUUGGUGAAAUCAUUAAAAACUCAGUGUCCUCCAGUUCUCAGAGGAGGGUUGCAUCUUCUAAGACAUCCCUGCGGAAUUCUUUAAAAGCAAUGGAGUCAACGUCUGUAACUGAAUCCCAGGAGGUGAGUGGGCCUGAAGACAGAUACCCAAGUAAAAGACCCAGGCUAGAAGACAAGGCUGUUUUUGACAAUUUCUUUAUCAAGAAGGAGCAAAUACAAAGUGGGGGUAGUGAACCAAAAAGUAGUUUGCUUUCAACAGCUGCAACUCAGAAUUCCAGUACUUUGCCCAGUCAGAGCCAAAGAGUGAAUUGCCCUGUUUGUCAGAGUGAAGUUUUGGCAUCUCAGAUUAAUGAGCACUUGGACUGGUGCCUUGAUGGUGACAACAUCAAAGUAAAAAGCUGAAGUCUUUGAAAAAUGAGUGGGUCGCUCCAACUGCUAUAUUGCCUCACUGAUACAAUGUCAGCACCUCAGGGAGUUCUGUUUAAUAGUAAGAUCUGCAGGUUAUGAUCUAGUUCAUGUAAUUAAUACAAAAUACUCUAUUUUAUAUAUACAUAUGAAAUUGUAAUUAAGUCAUGUCUAAAGGUGCUAUAUUCCCUCUUGCCUUACCUAUACUCUAGUCCAGAGUUUGUUGUGCAUGUAUACAUGAGUAAUUCUUAGACACUUUUCUUCUUUCUUGCUCUUAAAGUUGUUUUAAUCUGUUGAUAGUUUUUAUUUGUAGACUUCCCUCAGAAUAUUCAGUGAGGAAGCCUGUCAAGUAUUUGGUUAAACUGAAUAUUUAUUAAUGUUAAAACUCAUUCACAGAACUUACAUUCAUAUUCAUGGCGUCAGACAUAAUGACCAAAAACACAGUCUGGAAUUCAGAAUAUAUCAGUUGUUUUAGGGUUCUCACGUUUUUUUUUUUUUUAAGUCUUUUAAAACAGGAAAUAAUUUUAUGUAUUUUAAAGAAUUUUAUUCUCCAUUUCUCUACAAGGUGGUGGCAGAUUUUAGGUUAAAAUAAAUUUCUUUUAGAACAUUACUAGUAACAUAUAGCCACUGUAAUCUGUAGGACACAGCUGUUUUAAUAAAGUUUAGCAAAAUGAGUGGUUAGAACCUGAUGCUAAAUUAAAUGGUAUAUUCUAACUUACUCUCAAGUUGCCUAAUUUAUGUAACAGUGAAACAUUAUCUGGAAACAGUGUUAAUGAACCUUAAGCCAAAGUUGGAACCAUUAUAAUAAAAGCAAUGUCAUUUGUGCA